UGACCAAAAAAAGGAUCGUUGAGGUUAUCUGCAGAUCGGGUGGGGCAGCUACACGAUGGAUGCAGCAAGGAUAUGCACUAUUCUACAUCCACGCACUUCCCUCAUGAGAAUCCCAUUUAUUGGUAUCCCCUUUCUCGCGCAUCCAACACACUCCCUAACCACACCACCCACAAAAUGAUCACAAGCACAAUUGAAAUAGCCGCACCGCCCGCUAAAGUGCGCGAUAUUCUGCUCAACUUCUCAGCAUACCCGGAAUGGCACACGGAAUGGCUCAAGGGGAUCGAACUCAAGGACACCACCAAGACCCCGCAAGAACUUUCCUCAGGAGAUGAAAUCGAAGUCAACAUUGAGAACUUCAAGUUUGUCGCCGAAGUCAAGGAGAACUCCGAGAGCUUGUUUUCUUGGCAAGGCCCGCCCGUGUUUACCAUUGCUGGUUUGCAUAAAUUCCAUAUCGAACCGGCCAAUGAUGGUGCUUCCACUGUUUUCACCCAGUCCGAGGAUCUCAAGGGUCUCCUUGCGUUCAUUAUGAGUCCUUCUCUGCUUGGAAAGAAAAUGCGUGCCCAUUUCGAUAUCUUCCACAAGGAUCUUAAGGCCCGCGCUGAAUCGGCCUGAUUUGGGGGCUGGGUUUGUUGCACACGCACAAUUUGGUGUUUUGUGCACGCACUUUUGGUUUUGGCGCCUUACCUCCACUACCUAUCUAUGUACGAUGUACAUAUUGUAGGCAAGGGAUUGUCUCCGGGGUAUAGCCGCAUAGGUAUAUCUUGGUCACUGUUCGACUGUCUUUGAGAUAAACACUUGGAAGCUUAGUGAGAAAAAUAUAAAACACGCCUUGUCUUGGCAUGUGGAUUGCCAAAGUGACAGUAUCAUGAGCGGUCCCAAAUUAAAUUCGCUAUGGUUUAGUCAUGGGCUCGACAGCAAUGGUGCGGUAGACACGGUUGGGGACCAGGCCUCAGACGGUGGUGCAGUUGUGGCACGCCUAUAGGUCGCAGCGAAGGGAGACAGGUCAGACCUCGCACCUGUGGCACUGAGCUAUACCAAGA